CCCCCCAUUCAUUCAGUGUGUGAGUACAUUUUUAUAUUCUAAAAAAAUUCUUGCGUCCAUUCGAUUCAUUCGAUCAGUAGAAUUGCUGAAGUGCUGUUGUGAUUUAAACUUCUGCUUAACAAAAAUGAACAAGUACCGCAUCGCUGUAUUUAUAGCACUUUAUCUAAGUGCUGUAUCUGCAUCGUUUAUCGAAGAUACGCUGGAAAAUGUGAGCUAUUUAGCGAUUAAAAAAGCCUUGCUUGAAGCCGGAGAUACGGAAUUCCAUGCUAAUUGUGUCGUCGAAGUGUUAAAAGUCACCGGUACCACAAAAGAUGUUACGGAUAUGAUAUUUGAAUUCAAUAUGAAUCUCUCUAAAUUGAACGACAAGUGGAAAUUUGCUGAUUUUGUUUGUACGCCGCCUGGACUAAUUGUUGCGGCACUACUUUUCGGAUUGGCUCUUUGCAUCUGCUGUUGCUGCCUCAUACGAUGCUGCAAGUGUCGCACAAAGAAACCGAUUAUAAUCCACAUGCCACCUACGCAUGUGCAUUCUCAUCGUACCGCAAGUGUUCCGUACGUGAAAAUGGACGUUGCCUAAGUUAUCAUUUCAGAUAAUGUUUUAACCGCAGUUAAUCGAAGCUGCACUUUUUCUUUAUUGAUUUUUUUCUUAGAAAUAAUGAAAUUACGAAAACGUUUUUCCGAUGUGGAAAUAUUCUAAGUAUAUUCGUCGCAUAGAUACGUCAACAUUGAUAUAGAACUUUAUUCUGAUUUUGUGAAAUUUCAAGCCAAUUUAAAUUCGUGAAUAAAUAAGUCGAGAUCAUUUUUUAU